UCCCCCGCCCUUUCCUCGUGCGUCAUUCGAUACUUAUCAGGGUCCUCAUUGGCCAGUUUCAGGGAUUCCUCCUCUUCUAUUGGCUCUCUAAUACGUCAAUCACGGUCAUUUGCAUGACUGGUGUGGGAGUUCCCUGGAGUUGGAGAUGGAAGGGGAAAGGCUUCUACCAAGCGGAAUGAAGGUCUGCUGUCUUUUGGAGUGUGAGUAACAGGGCAGAAGCAUGGCUGCUGCAUUCCUGGAUGGUAAGGAUGCUCACUCCAUCCUGAAGCGUUUCCCUCGAGCCAAUGGCUUUCUUGAGGAGUUGAGACAGGGGAACAUCGAGAGGGAGUGUGGUGAAGAGAGCUGCAGCUUCGAAGAGGCCAAUGAAGUGUUUGAGAACAAAGAGAGAACGAUGGAGUUUUGGAAAACUCGCAGCGUCUACACGGUGAGCAGCAACAGCGAGGGACGCUCUGAGCGUGCCGACACCGUCUACAUGGUGGUACCUCUGCUGGGAGUGGCCCUGCUCAUCAUCAUCGGCCUCUUCCUCCUUUGGAGGUGCCAGCUUCAGAAGGCCACUCGUCGACGCCCCGCCUACACCCAAAACCGCUACUUGGCCAACAACCGCAACACCCGCAGUCUGCCACGAAUUCUGGUUCACCGGGAAGCACAUAGUGAAAGCUCACACCAGGAGUCCAGUUCACGUCCCACUGUGGUGGUGAGCGGUGCUGAGAGAGGAGCAGGUUCCCAGUCGGACUCUCGUGGCCUCCACCAGCAGAACACUUGUGCCCUUUAUGUCCAGGACUCCUCUAUGUCAGUGGCCUCACGGUUGUCCGGCGCAACACCACCUCCAUCUUAUGAAGAGGUGACAGGACACCUGGAAAGCAGUGGUGACGAGACCUCAGCACCUUCAUACAGCGACCCUCCACCCAAAUAUGAGGAGAUUAUAAAGGAGAAAUGAAACCAAGGCAACAAUAAUGCUGCCAUGGCUGUUGCUCCCCUGCUGUGUCUGAAGGAGGUCAGCGCUGCCAGAAGAGCAGCUUCUGCCUCAGUUGGUGCUGCUGGCUGUGGGUUGCUGUAACCCAUGUUGUAAUUCCCACUUUUCUGCACCAUACCUUUGUUUCACUCAUAGGUGCAACCUAAAGCCAGUCACUGCCAUGAUUAUAUGUGCCACCCAGGAUUAUUGUUCAUAGUUGACCCUAAACACCUAAUCAGAUAUUUUAUUUCCUUGUCUUCAUUUUGCUUUGGCAAACUGAAUGGCAGACUGUGUUCCUGGUGCAGGUGCAGUGAGAUACAUGGAGAGGGUCUGGCAAGCAGGAUGCUCACUGAUCCAUCUUUGGCCCUUGUAGCAGGCCAGAAAAGCGGACAGGACAAUUUGAGGUGGCAAUGAAGCUCCAUGCUGCAGCUGGGCUUUUACACUUGCAGAGCAGUCACUGUGACUGUAAGGUUUCCUUGGCAGUGUGCAUAUAUGACUUUAAACUGUAUAUUCACAGUCAGUAGUGGAAGUAUUUGACCUUGAGUCACAGCUGUCGUUUAGUUGGAUAUUAUCAUGGUUUAUUGUUUUAGAUCAUUUACAAGUUUGGUUUUUGCAGAUAAAAUAAAAAAGUGACUCUCGUGUGAAGGCGAGAUUAAAAAGCACUUCUCAUCCUUAAAGGAAAGACCCAUAAGAUACAUCUUCUAAUGCUAAAUCCCUAUUCCACUUUAGAUCAUUCAGCUACCAACAAGACUGAGCUCAUUUACUUUCCUAAUACUUGCACUAUUGACUAUCUUGAUCAUUGCAAGGUUUUCUGACCACCUCCACACACCAGCUGUUGUUCACUGCUGUGAGAGGAAAUCCCUGCAGUUGUGCUUCCUUCUCACAACCUCACCAUCACUACGACUACAAAUGUGUGUAGACUGAUGCUAUGAGUUCUUAGUAAUCAUUUCACCAGCGCUGUGCCAUAUAGAGGCAGGUUUAUUUGUUGCCAAAUGUUCAUUGUCUUAACACUUAACCAUACCUGCUACCUUACUGUGACCACCGGUGUUAAUAUUUGACCAAACAUUUAUGGUGGGAGCUUUGUAUUGACAAAUUUAAUGGAGGGUUGUUGUUUUGAGUCAACCCUCUCAAUUCUUGCAUAUUUGUUGUGAUUGCAGUAUGGGUUAGGAUUGCUGAAAAGUUUAGUUGACACCAGUUUUGAUAGGUCAUUAAUGAAGCAAAAUUUCCAACACAUGCUUAAUCCAGUCUCUCCAAAGGCUGGAUUUGCUGCUUUACUCUGUUUUAUAUCUUCAAAAAUUGAAUAUCUUUGGGGUUUUGGACUGUUUGAUUCAUAUGAUAAUUCAUAAUGAAAAUAACCAAGGCAAGGGUGAAUACAUCAUUCAGCCCCACAAAGCUGAACAGCAGUAGAGAAUCAAACUCCUGCUUACCAUGAAAGCAUGAGUGGACCUCAGAGGUACUCUGACACAAUGAGAAGAAUCACUAUCUUAUUAUGACAGUCACAAAACUUUCAUCCUCUAAAUCCCUGAGCUUCUCUGUAAAUGACUGUCCUGGUAGUUCAGACAUAUACAGCCCUAAUUCUGUGAAUGUGCUAUGUGCAUUUAAAUUCAUGUACUGUAUGUGUGUAGAUGCACACAUGCACAUUCACGCACGCUCACAAAGAGCACAAUCAGCAGUCCCAGCUCUGUUACACUCCACUGUACGAUGAGUCAGUUGAGCACCUUUGUUGCAGUUGCUGAGUGGAUUGAACUGUGUUUGCCUCAGUCCUGAUAUUAUAAAAUUACCUUGUUUAUAGUUGUUAUGUUUCACAGUUUAUUGGAUUUCUUUUAGGGGUUCAAGCCCAAAAGUCCACCUGACUAGAUUUUCUGCCAUUUUGGGCAUCUCCUCCCAGGUUAGAAUUGUACUAAAUUUUUUAUGGAUCAUUAUUGGACCGAGCUUAUCAAUUUUUUAAAAAGCUUAUUGAUAUCACAUUUUGUUCUGAAGAUUUAGACCAAUGAACUGUAAAGGGGUGUGGCUUAGCACAUAAACAGACCUAACUCCACAGUCAUUGGGCAAGUCGUCACGAAACUUGCAUGAUAUAGGCUCGGACAUACUUUCUGCAUUGAACAUCCACGGAGAGGUGCGGUCACACCGACACGAACUAAAUUCUAUCUUUAGUGAAACUGACAAUCUACUUCAGCCCCCGGUGGUAAACAGAAAGGCUGGGAGGGGAGCUUACCCUCCUCUUGCAGACGAUGCCAGGUGAAAGUGAAACUAAGUGAUGCUGCUGGGUCUGGAGUGAAUAUCUGUCAGAUAUCUAACUUGAAACUAACUUCAUUGUGGUUGGCUUGAAAGCAGUGUUUUGGACUGGACUGGACUGUUGAGCAAGAGAUUGGAGCAUGAGCAGUUGCCGUGCUUACUAUGCCUACAGUCCUCGUGGUCACAACAAAUGGGCUGCAUUUGAACAUCCCCACAGGGGUCUGCAUGGACCCUCGUGAACUAGGGUUGAUGACGAGAUUUACAUCACAUGGACCAAAGCUUAUCUCCAGGGACACACAUGUGGAAACUGUGAAUUGGCCUUAUGUCCACAUAAGUACCUUAAACAUACGCCGAAAGUUACAUUCAAAUUGACCACUAGAGGGCGCCACAACUACAAAAAAUGGGUGUGGCGUAACACAAAUCAGGCCACAAAUCAGAAAUUGUUUGUCUAAUCAUUGCAAAACUCUCAGGAUAUGUUACAUAAAAAUGUUUAAACACAUGUGUAAAAUAUUUUUGAAAUCGCCCAAUAGGGGAUGCCACCGGUUCCAAACAGUGCAUUGGUCUGGCGCAACAUUGGAUCAUAAAUCAAUGACAGUUUAUCCAAACAUCAUCCUCGGUGGAUAUUUUUAAUUAAGCUGUUGAAGCAUGUCCCUGAAAUGUUUUUGCAGUUGCUCAAUAGGGGAUGACAGUGUUGCCAAAGAAGAGCGUGGCCCAGCACAGAUUUGUUUGUAAAUGAAUGAGCGUUUGUCUGAUGGUCAUAAAACCUGUUAGCUUUCUUUAAUGCAGGUAUCAGAAACUGUCAAACUUUGCAGCUUUUAACCUCUAACGGUCCAUGUUGGCUUGAACCCUGAAGUCGCCGGUUGCGGCUGUAUUUUGUUUUUGCAGUUAGUGUAACAGUAUAGUUGUGUGGACAACAGAUACAAUCAAAGUAAAUAACUGUAAAUAAUAAUGUUACAAAGUCUGAAGACACGGUCUCACCAUCACUGGAGACAUGACAGUCUGUAAUGCUGACAGAUGUUUAGAGCUGCACUGGGAUGAGAUGCAGAUAUUUAAAGUUAUAAAUGUUUGACGUACUCCUUCCUGAUUAUAAAUCUUUUAACAUGAGGAAAACUGGUGAAGAGUGGAUGUGGUGUUUGGUUGCUGCCUGUCAGGAGACACAUUGGAUAAAUACUAAAAGGUCUCAGUCAGAGGGGAGGGUUUGUCUUGUGUGAUUAACAUUGUUCAAGAACCAUGCAAGUUUUUUCCUGCAGUGUUUACAAAAUUUAAAUAAUGUGUUCUUUAGAUUUUUGCAGGCCAUUUUCACAUUCAAGCUGAACAGUUUUAGAUUUUUUGAUGUUUUUUUGAUUUCACACUAUUUUUUUUGCAACACUGAAUUUUUUGACGCUAACACUUUUUCAGAUCUUCAAAACUGUAUUUUGUUUCUAGUUUGAUGGAUUGAUCAAGACUUUUUUUGCUUUGGAUAAAUAAUGAUAUAAGACAUCAAUGAGGUUUGUUAAAUAUGGAGGAGAGCGGAAUAUAAUUUGACCUGUAGCCGAACAGUUUACAGAAUAACAGCCGCUCCUGGUAUGUGUAUCUGCAGCAGCAUCAGUGUAGGCUACGUCUCCUGUCUGUUCAUAUUCAGUCGUAUUCUCUAACAUUCUCAAGGGUCCGAAGUCUUAAUUAACUCCGCCCGCUGAUAGAAACCAAUACAUGCAGGGAGCGGUAAGAAAAAAAAACAUAAAAAAUCUAAAACAGCAGCAUGGUUUGCAAAAUGGUUAGCCAUGAUGAAAAGUACACAUGAUUAGGCCUCAUUCAUAAAUCAUGAGAGGCAGUAUGGUAUAAUUUUGCAUACAAAUGUAAAAUGCUCCUGUUGCAGCUUUAAAUAUUACUGAUGUGUGAAAAAUGGAUGUAUAUGACUGAAAAACAAAUGAUGCUCUACAGCAGGAUUAGUUGUGUUUACGCUGUAUUUGCAAGGCACCAACACUGCCAUGGUUUCUAGAUGGUUCCCUAUUCUUCACAUUGACUAAGAGUCACAUGUUCAGUCUGUGCUUCAGUGACAAGGAGUGUUCAUAUUUUGCCGGUGAUGUUUACAUUAUAGUGACAUGUUAGUGGAGUUUUACCUCACCGAGUCUGAUAAGGUGCACUUACAGCUUUCUGCCAGUGGCUUAUUUUUGUAUCCUAUUGUACGCUAAGUUAUUCACUGCCUUUUUCUACAGACUGCAACUCUUUCACAUGGGCCUUUGUUUUAACACAUUCCAAAACCAAGUAUUCACUGUUUCAAAUAUAAUAAAUGAGUGAUUGAUUCUGUAUGUUUCACUUAAAACUGAUUUUUUCUUUCUACCAAAAUGGAUGUAUUAUAUAUUUAAAUAUAACUGUACUGCUCUCGUAUACUUUCACUUGGCCUUUUUUUAAAAACUUAAAUUAAUUUUUUAGAUAUUUUUCAGCCAAAGCUGUGUGGAUGAAAUUUUGUACUUCAUCCACCUUUACAAGCAGCCAACUUUGUGCUGUCUGUGCAGGUCUAGCCAGACCGCAUCACCAGCUUCAGUACAGAUUCUAGUGUGACCAGCGAAGAACACCAUCUUGUUAUAUCCCCCCCUGCACUGCUGCUUUACUGUCACUCUAAGCGCAAGAGGGAUUUUUUUUAAAAUCUAGGUGUACAAAUGCAGCAUAUAAUGCAGCAUGAUGCUCCUGGGGGGUUUACCACUGUAUAGUUUACUGCACCGCAAGCUAGUUUAGCUGCAACAAAGAACCAGUAUGUGUGAAAGUGUCAGGACUCUGGCACCGCCAAGUAUGUAGGAACCUCACAAAAAGAUCAACGUGACUGGGAUCCAACCAGUGACUUUUCUGUCAGUCAAACCACUGUAACACCCUGCUUUGCUCUAAUAUGUCAAAGUGGGCAGCCUGUAGCGUCGUCACAAAAAGCUUCACACCAUGCACAUGUGGCUCAUAAAUGCUACCCAAAUCCUGCAAUCAAUACUAACAAAGUGAAGGUUUUUAACUUUAAGAUUUUUGUCAAGACUGACUAAGAGUUAAAGCUAAAAAAAAAAAAGUCCAGAAAUAGGCUCUGCCAGAAGAGGGGAUUCCUGCAGGGCAAAAGAUGCAAGGCAACACAAUGAAUGUUAUAUUCUACAUAUAAACUUUGUACCGAGGGGAAUAUAUUCUGAUGUAACCCCUUUGUAAACACCAAAAAUUCGAUUAGUGACUGUAGUUUACAUGUUUGCUAGGUAACUAUCAGAUUAUAGUUACAUUUAUUUUGUAAUUUAAUUACAUGUAACUCAUUUCUCCCUGACACUGGUUCUAUUGCAGUGCAUACAGUGACAUCCAAAAGAUGUUUCUUUAAUUUUGGCCACCCUAAAGUUAACAUCAGAGCUUUAACACUGGAAAAUUUGUACACCUAGCUGAAAAAAUGUAAGAUGGACAGAUUUUGGCUGAGGAAUAUUUCUUACUUACCUUUCAAAAUGGUAAAAUAUGAUUAAUGUUCCUGGUAAGAUUGGUUUAUUAUGUGUAGUGUAUUUGUAUAAUUACUGGUUAAUUAUGUACACGGUGUAAUGACAACAAGAAAGUAAAAUAGAUUGUUGGGUUUAUUCCAGCACUCAAUUUGUUAAAAGUAUUGUUUUCUGUGUGUGUGUGUGUGUGUGUGUGUGUGUGUGUGUGUGUGUGUGUGAGUGAGUGAGUGAGUGAGUGAGUGAGUGAGUGAGUGAGUGAGAGAGAGAGAGAGAGAGAGAAUGAGGAUGGGUGCACACUGGAGACACUCUGUGUCCAUGUUUCUUUGGAUGUGUGAUGUGUGAGCUGACAUGUGCCCUGUAGUCUUCCUUUAUAUUCUGGACAUAUCUACUGUUUCUUAUUGUAUUUCAGGAGAAAUCCUCAGUGCUUUUCACAGUCACUUACUGUAGACCUUUAAUUUUGUGGUUCCUUCUUCCUGAUUGUUACUCUAAGUCUAAAGCCACCAGUUUCUCACCUUUGCUCACAAAGCAAAAUGAAUCAAUAUGUGUGUACAGGUUUAUGAGAGUUUGUGUGUGUGUGCGUGCUGCUGUCAGGGAAGUGUCAGGAUGUUUAAUGUCAUUGUUUUCCACUUGUACGUGGUCGAAGCUUUCUCUGAUAAACUGAUCAAGUACCAGUCCCUGGUUACAAACAUCACUGAGCUAAGAUAUAAAUGUGUUUGUCAGCCUUGGACACGUUCACAAACUGACUGUUGGUGGGUUAUGAUUGGCUGGCUUACAACGAAGAGCUGGACAGCUGGGGAAGCUCUAAUCCAUCUCAGCUGUAACGGGUACAGUAGCUGUGUGGUGCAGGCAGCGUUUUCUUUCCUCUUGAGUGUCAGAGAAUGUAGAAGACCUCUGUUUAUAUUGCACAUUGUUCAACUGUCUCCAUGCUAAAAACACGUCCACCUCCACAUGAAAGUCUUUCUCAUUCAGUGAUCUCCAUUAUUAUAUUCAGUGUUCAUAUGUAAUGUAUCCAUAUUGUAUUGGUGCAUAUAAAUAAAGGAUACCUACAGUU